AUUUAAAUUUUAAAAUUCCUGGGGGGUUACUCUGUAAUGCGAUACGAAUAUGAAAAUGUUCGCAUCUUCAAUUUUGGUACUCUGUAAUUCGACAAUCGCAGUAAAUUUUGAAAUUUUCGAAUUUAGUUUUUCCCUUUCGCAUUAGCGGUACUCUGCUUUGCUAAAGCAAUUGUCAAACAUGCGUUAUAUUCGUAAUUUUUGUGCUACAAGUAUAAAGAAGUCGCAUUGCUUGAAAAUGUAAGUUUCAAAUAUAAAUUAGUUGUUUUAAUUGCUACUAAAAUAUAUAACGCCGUGCAUACAAAACUCAACCAAAGCAAUUUGAAAUUCUCGUGGAUUUCAUGAAGGCGCAUCCCGAUUUAUCGAAAAGAUCACUAAAAACACCAGACGCCAAAAAUACCUCCAAUAAUUUAUGGAAAAAUUUAGUUUCCCAUUUAAACGCAGCUGGACCACCAUUGCGCGACAUUGCGGGGUGGAAAAAGGUUUGGACAGACUAUAAGAUUCACUUAAAGGCAAAAAUGCGACGAAACAAAAAUAAUAUUUCGGGAACUGGAGGUGGUCCCUCACUUUUCAUACCCUUAUCACAGUUAGAGCAACAAGUGAGUGAGUUAUUGUCAAUAGAGGAAUCAAUAAAUGGAAUGAGUGGUACCUUGUCAUUCGGUGCAGCUACAAGCAGCAUGUCGGAGGUAAAUGCAGACCCUACCGAACCAAAUACACAAAACAGGGAACUACCACAAUGUUCCAAAGUGGCAUGCACACCUCACAAAAAACAGCAGACUCCUCUUAAUACACAAGAAAAUGAACUAGCACAUUGUUCAAAUGUGACGUACCCACCGCGCAAAAAGCAGCAGACUCUGCUUGAAAAACAAGUCGAAAACCAAAUUAUAUUCCACAAUAACUCGAUUAAAGUGUUAAACGAUAUAAAUUUUAAUAUAAAAAACAUUUUUAAAACAUUGAAAAAAAGAAAUAAAUCAGAAAAACGGAGACUAACCUUUGAAAAGGAAAAAUGUCUAUAUAAACAAAAAAUUGAUGAACAAAAAUUGAGAAACUGGAAAAUGUAAGUUAAAUAACUAUAUAACUGCGA